AUGCUGCAAAAGUCACACGAGGAAAGUAGCGAGGGCGCUCUGUUCCCCGCGCCGAGGUCCCCGCAGACUCGGAACAGCAGUAGCAGCAGAAGUAAUAUAAGUAGCAGUACCGGCAGUACUAGUAAUAGAAUUACCAGUGGUGGUUCUAGUAUUAGCAGCGGUAGAACUAGCAACAGCAGCAGCAGCAACAGUAGCAGCAACAGUAGCCGUAGCAGGGAGCAAAGAUCCGUCAUCAAUUUUCUGUAUAAUUUUGGAGCCCAAUUGGGUGUGCGUAAUUUCGGCGGCAAACUUGAAUAUGGCGACAUUUCCCAGUUCGGCCUCUCAAGUAGUUGGCCAAGUGCCAGGAAACUUAGCAAGGCUCGCAGUAAGGACGUGGGUCCAUGCUACAACGGGGAGGAAACAGCGCUUUUAAACGGCUGCAGAAUGGAUGUUUUCCGCGCCCAGACUCGCGUGCUGGAGGGCAACAUGUGUGGGUUUUUUACGUGGCUCAUAAGCAUGGAUUUCUUAGGGAAUAAAUCGGUGUAG